AUGUUGAGACUUGAAAUAGAAGUACCUUACACUUGUAAAACGAUAUCGUUGGCUACGAACCGAAUACUUUUCUCAAACAUUUUGCAUCGCGUUUUAUUUCCAUACUUUAAACAAGCAACAUGUCAAAACAUCGCUGCUGGAAUGAAUUUCCGAAUGGAAGAUGUUUUGAACAAGGAACAAAUGCGAAUGCUGGAAGCUUAUCGAGAAAUAUACACCUAUGAUCCGUCUUUGUCUUUCUUUCUUUCUCUGGGAAUGAUAUCUCAUUUCUCUCAAAGUUCAUACUACACCCAUUACUCCAGUUCAGAUCGUUACAUUGUUCAAUUAUACAUGUGGCUCAUUGGAGCAAGCGUCGACAAGGCGAUUACGAAAACGGAGAAUUUAUUUCCAUCUACUUAUCUGAAACCUAUGAUGAUAAAUGGAUCAUUAACGGAAUCGCCGGUGUCUUCUAUUGUCACGCAUACAAACCACAUUGGUCUACGACAACAUCUAUCAACAAAUCACAAAAUAUUACUGAACGAUGAUGCCGAUCUCAUCGCGGAAAAUUUUGGAUUGUAUAAUGUGUCUGAUUCUAAUAAAGAACACGAACGGAAUGUCAUUCUUUGUGGAUACGAUGGGUUUAAAAACUCUUCUCGUACUACUGGUACAACCAUGAUACAUAUAGGUGAUAAGCGAUUGACGAUACUCAUUGCGACGACAGGUGGAAAAUUACUGAAAAAUUUGCGAAAUUGGAGCAAUUUGACAGGAUUUGACGGAACUCACAAUCGGUUUAUCUACAUGGCCAUUCCGAAAAAGAUUCAUACUAGGCCACAGAAUUUUCAGAGAAAGAGAUAUUCUUCAAAUAAUCCGUCAUUUAAUCAUUUAUGCGUUAUUGUCCAUCUAUUUGGAACAGUACGAUAUGUUUUCGAAAUGACGGAAUCUGAACGAGAAAAUAUCUAUGGUGCUAAAUUUGACCACUUGUUGAAUACAGAUGCUAGAACGCAAUCUCAAUCACAAAACGAUCGUUCCGCCCUGUAUACAUUAUGGAAUCUCAUAGCAGAUCUGAGCGAAUCAAAUGACCUAGUACAUGAUCAACAACGACAGAUUACUGAUUUCUAUGAGAAAAUUCCUGCUACCGUUCCUCGCAUUGCUUGUCUUACGCAAAUGUUUUUCAAUGCAAUGAGUAUUUUGAACGAAGUACAUGAAAGUGUUAUAUUUUCGGAUGGAGACGAUGAUAGCUUGUCCAUUGAUGAGAAUUUCAUUAAAACUGUUCAGAACAUAAUUAAAGAAAAAUUUUAUGUGUAUGACAUGACAUAUUUACCGUAUACCACGAUUGAUCAAACAAAAACGGACCCGAUGAUUAUCGUUCGUAAAGAGGCAGUGCUGGUUGCAUGGAAAUGGUAUGAACAUCAUCUGGACCUGGUGACAACAUUAUUUACCAUCAACUAUUCGUUUUCUACUAAACCUGUGACAACACAUAAAUCAGAGCAGAAGAAUUUGAAACGAUUGAUCAUGCUGUUAGAUUUUAACAUCUUUCCAUUGUCAGUAUUGACAGAUAGGCAUCCUAUCACUAAGCAAACGGGAAUUUUGAAAAACAGACCAGCAUUAGGUGAGCAGGCUUUACGCGAGUUGAUCAAUAAUGGCUUAUUGAAGUUCAAUCAUUUUUUGAUCGAUUCUCGAGGAAGAAAAUUAAAGUCAUACAUGAAAAUCCCGCUAACAACGAUCAAUGAUCCAUCACGAGAAUUAUUGAAUAAAGUUUUAAUUACAUGCGGUGUAAGUGUUGAUGAAUAUGCUUCAGUUUACAAUCAAUCUUCAAUUCCACCAAAUUACAAUCUUUCACCAUUAUCGGUGGAAAUAUUUAAAUAUAGCUCAUGUUUUAUUCCGGCUUACAAACAAUAUCUAAACCAAUUACAAACUGUAAUUCAUGAACACAUCCAGAAUAAAAACAUAGAAGAAGUCGAAGACGGAUGUUUUGUUAUCAAAAACAAAAGUGUAUUUACUCGUAACUACAGUGGCGUUGAAAAUUUAUCAUUUUGUAAUCCACAAAAAGCAUUACGUGACAUUUCGACAUCAAACAAUAUCGCCAACGCAACAACUAAUUCUGUAAUUCAAUUAGAAAAGGAAAUGGUUUCUGGACUUGAUAUACCACCGUGUGAAAUCAAUCAACGGGAAUGUGGAAUGAGACCUCAAGANUUUGUUAUCAAAAACAAAAGUGUAUUUACUCGUAACUACAGUGGCGUUGAAAAUUUAUCAUUUUGUAAUCCACAAAAAGCAUUACGUGACAUUUCGACAUCAAACAAUAUCGCCAACGCAACAACUAAUUCUGUAAUUCAAUUAGAAAAGGAAAUGGUUUCUGGACUUGAUAUACCACCGUGUGAAAUCAAUCAACGGGAAUGUGGAAUGAGACCUCAAGAUCCAGAUGAGGCAUCGGUUAAUGAGCAUCACACUGACGUCAUUCGUAAAACACCUGAACUUCGUAUUUCGCACAUAUCAAGAGAGCUUGAUGAUUCUUCCGUAUCUACAUCUGAUCGUCAGAUUGAAAUUCAGGUAUCCAAUGAAGGUAGUGACGAAACAUGCUCUUCUAUAUCAAUAUCAGGUGCAGUCAAGAAAGUAAGCAAAACGGACAGUAGAGAGCUAGAGCAGCAAGUGAUUCGAGCAAUGGGUAACAUACUAUGUGGCCCAUCUGUUGUCUAUACAAAGACAGAUAUGACUCAUCUGUGCAAUAAACCAACAGUACGGCUAGAAGCAAUCCAACGUCUAAUUGCAGCUGAAUUACUUCAGCAUGGUAAUAACUAUUGGUUGGAACCAAGCCGUUCAAAGAAAAAUGAUAAAAAAGAUUCAAAGCGUCUUUUGAGAGAAGGAUGGAUGAAGAAAGUUCCUGCAUUGGAAUCAGAUGCAUCGAAAUUCGAAUUCAUUGAGUUAUUGCAGGAGAAAGCAAACAUAACUUUUGAAGAUUACAUGAGAAGCUUUUAUCCACAUCAAAGUGUUAAUGUAUUCACCAAAAAUAAUUGGACCUUAUCAGAUGAGUGCAUUCAAAUUUUUCAAUCAAAUGAUUUUUAUAGGGAACAUGUUCGUUGGGAUGUCGUGCGUUUCGGACCAUCAGAUGCUUUGAAAGAAACCAAUAUAAAUGAAGAAAAAGAAUUGCCAUUGACACAAAUAUCUUGUCCGUCAUCCUGCCAGAGAAUAGAAACAGCUGAUACGUGUCAAGUACAAACAACAUCAGAACAAACACACAUUAGUAUUCCUCAAGUAAAUGAAACAAUAAGUACAUUACCUGUAACUGUACGACCAAAACGAAAAGUACGAAUGAUUGAAGAUCAAGAAAAUGAAAUAAACAUGAAUACCAAUUCUGCAGCUUCAUCAGCACGUAAGCUUGUGGAAAUCACAGAUGAAGAACAUACUUUAAUAUUAAUGAUGAGAAAAAUGCGUUUGGAUGAAAUUAUGGUCGUGAUGAAUUUGAAUAAUUCUUUUCCGGUGGAAGUACCAAAUAAGUAUCGACAUAUAAGAAAUAUCAUUAAUUUAUACUUUCAAAAAUCGUAUGAAAUUCACCAUGUUCGAACAAUAAUUGAAUUUAUUUCAACACACCCAUUGUAUGCCGCAAUAUUUCAGCAACAUUCUUUACGUCAAAUGCUUGAUCAAUAUCGGACAAAUAAGAUUGCGGAAUCUGUAAAUGCACAUGAAUUAUAUUUGCAACCAUUUAGCACCAAAUGCAUCGAAUGUCAAACAACUUUGAAGCCCGCAUAUACUCAUCGGGCCAAAACAGUUAUGUCGUUGACACGAACAUUUAAAGCUCUUAUUGCCACUUGUUAUUGUUCAAUCUGUGAUCUGGAGAUAUUUCCAAAUUUUUAUAUAUAUAAGAAAAAGAAAUUUGUUACUUCCGAAUCCAUCAAAAAUGAUAAAUAUAUUUACUUGAACGGCAACCAGAUAUUUGACCAGAAUUUAUUGAUUGAUUUUGAUCAGCAUUUAAUUCAAAACACAGUAUCCUUCGAAGGAUACACCAAUGCUUAUAACGUCAAAAUUAAACUAAUAGGUAAACGACAAGAUCAUAGUGGUUCCAAUGUCGAUGACAGCAGCGUUUCAUUUUUGAAUGAAAAAUAUUUUCAAAUGGUGUGGCUAUUAAUUAAUGUUGCAAAAUUUACGUUUAUGACGACAAAUGAAAAAGUUGUUCAAAUACCAAUGUCUGUGCGAGAUGUUGAUGAAUGCAAUCCAUAUUUUUUAAUCAUUAAAGACGAGCUUUAUAAAAACUUCGUCGCAUUUUGGACAAACCAUCAACGUUUUUCGAAAAAAUGCAAUUCUCAAACAUGUUCGAAAGUCUUCGUUGUUGAUGGUCAUCAGAAAGCCAACAGAUUAGUUUGCCAAUAUAAAGAUGUAUUUGAUUGCAGCAUUCCAGAGUUAGGACCAGUUCAAAUGGGUUGCUUGUAUUCUCCGCUGAGAAAUGGUAUGCUUGCUAAGAAUUCGACAGAAAGUUAUCAGAUAUGUUGGAAAUUCCGUCGAAACUCUGAAAUCGGACACAUUUCAAUAUUCGACAACUUUCCGUCGGAUUUCUGUACCAAAGAUCCGACGCUUUCUGCCAAAGUCCCAUCGGAUCCGACUGGAUGGACGACCUGGGUAUAUUCACUAAUACUCUUUAUCAUAGCGCCAGGCGUUAAUGACAAAUACUGUCAACAUCAUCAACCAGCAACAUUAGCUUCAGAAGAUCAGAUGGCAAGUGUGAAACAUCGGAGAGUUGAAGAUGACAAAGAACAAACGUUGGACAAAUUAGCACUGAUAGAUUAUAUAAAGAAUGAUGGCCAGUAUGAUGAUAGCCUUUGUAAUGUAUUCCGUUCUGGAACAAAUGUUAAAGGCAAAGUCAGUACUUACGGAUUUUUAGCUACGUUUUUAAGUUGUGCUGUGAUAGUUGGUUUCACAGAGCUGCCAUGUUCCGAAGGAAUGCGACGAGUUCUGCACCAUAUUUUAACAAUAACGCGAUUUGCUCCAUUGCCCACCGCUAUGUGUUAUGAUUGUGCCUGCACGCUGAAAUUAUUUAUAAAAAAACAUUUUGGAACGGAAGACUUAAAAUCAACAGAUUUCACAAGCUUUCUUACGUCUCUCACUAUGGCAGUAGAUCGUUUUCACGUCAAAAAUCACACAAGACCAAUGUGUAGAACAGUGAUGAGACCUGAUCAUUCAUGUCACAAUGAGAUUUAUCAAUCUAUUAACACACAAGUUGCUGAGCAGAUGUUUUCUUACCUGUCGCAAUUCAAAAACUCAUUUCGAGGAUAUAAUUAUCCCAAAUCAAGCAUAUUCUAUACGAUUCUUUUUCAUCUAAAAAAUUGCAAAACAACAGGUGUUAGUUCCUAUGAUCAAGCAGUUUGA